AUGUGGAGCACCUUCUUCCUCACGCUCUAUGGCAAGUUUAGACUUCUUUCGCAUGUUCAGCAAGCUGCACCGAUGCUGGGUGACCCGAACUGGCCAAAUCAGCCUUCUUACAACCUGUGGACACAAUUGGAGUCCCAGUUCCGUGAAAACAAGGAGGCUCACGCUAUCUACCUCAACAGUGAGUUCCACUCCUUGAUGCAGGGCACCAUGUCCAUCGCGGACUACUUCCAUAAGAUGAAGAGCCUGGCUGAUGCCCUCCGAGAUGCCGGCCAUCCAAUCAGCGACUCCACUCUCGUCAUCAACACCCUGCACGGCCUCAGCCCGCGUUUCUCCAACAUGGCCAUGAACAUCUCCAUGGCAUCGCAGCUUCCAUCCUUCACCGACAUGUGGUUACAACUUGAUAUGCAACAGAUGCGCAUGGAGAACAAGUCUCAUGUCGUCUCCACCACUGCUCUCCUCACCAACUUCCAGCGCAAUCAGCGCUUCUCUUCAACCUCCUGUGGCUCCACUCAGAUGCCGUCUAUGGCGCUACAUGCAGGUGGCCAAGGAUCAGGAAACAAGAAGAAUAAGAAAGGCAAGCCUAACUAUGGUGGCGACCUUCCUCGACAGCAGACCCUCUCAUCAUCUACACCAACCCCGACUGGGCCAUGGGUACCCUCCUCCGGCUCAGGCAUUCACCAUGAACACUCCACCGACCACGUCGUCUGCCUUGACCAUCAGCCCUACAUGGGAACAAGCUGCGCUCAUAGCAGCGAUGAACAAUAUGUCCACUCUAGGAUAGGAUGA